AUGGUAGUGCUAUCCCCGUACCUCAGACUGGCACUGCUUGCCCCCCUUGCCUCGGCAUGCUCUUCUUGCGAAGGCGAAGAAGAACCAACAACCUACCCCAGAUUCACUCGUCGAAUGCAACCUGAGGCUGAGAAUGCCGUAACACAACCGAAAGGACCUUUGACCUGGGGAGAAAUCAACUUUCUGCACACGAGCGAUAGCCACGGGUGGCUGGAAGGGCAUAUCAAGGAACGCAACUAUGGCGCAGACUGGGGCGACUUUGUGUCUUUCGCAAAGCAAAUGAAAGAUCAGGCCGCCAACAAAAGUGUGGAUUUGAUUCUCAUCGACACAGGUGAUUUGCACGAUGGGAAUGGGCUCAGCGAUGCUACCGACCCGAAUGGCAAGGUGACGAAUCCGAUUUUUGAAAACAUCGACUAUGAUCUUUUGACUCCCGGAAACCAUGAGCUGGGAGCAGUGGACGUCGCGUACAAUACUUUCACCGAGUUCACCGCGGUUUACGGCAACAGGUACCUGACCAGUAACAUCGACAUUUGCAACAACUGUCAAAACAAUGACCCGGAUGAAAAGGAAUGGGUGUCCAUGGGGAGCAGAUUCCGAUAUUUCAAGACGAAGCAGGGCAUCCGAAUCAUGGCUUUUGGGGUUAUUCUCGAUGGGACCAACAACAACAAAGACAUGACGAGAAUUCAGCCAGCCAAGGAAAUGAUCGAGGAGAGCUGGUUUAAGGAGGCGAUUGGUCGUCAAGACAUUGAUCUCUUCGUCCUCAUUGGACACAACCCAGUGAAGCCCGGAAUCCCCAAGAGCGAAAGCUCUUUCCCCCUGAUUAUGGAAACUCUUCGGGGCCUAAGACCUGAGAUCCCCGUUCAAGGGUUCGGAGGGCAUACGCAUCGCCGCGACUUCCAUAUUUAUGACAACAUGUCCUCGGCCAUUGAGUCCGGCAAAUACUGUGACACAGUCGGAUGGAUUUCCCUGGACGGCAUCAAAUCUCAACCUGCUCAGAACAAGACACUUCGUGACAGGGAUAUUUCGAUCAAUCAACGAGAAGUCACAGAUGACUCUUGCAGCAAAACCAAGGACUUUGAUAUGCAAUUGACCCGACGAUAUCUGGAUUGGAAUCGACUCACAUUCUCCUACCACGCGGCGGGAUCGCAAAACGCCUUUGACUUAACUGAAGGACUCUCGGUGACGAAGGAUAUCAACGACGGCCGCAAAAGUCUCAAUCUGACCUUCGUAUAUGGUUGCGCGCCACAAACAUAUUGUAUCUCGUGCAAGCCAGCUGGUGACCCGGGAAAUGUCUAUACACUUUUCCAAACCGCCGCAGCGGACAAGGUGGUUAGCCCAGAUCGGUCCGAAAACUCACGCAUGAUUAUCUUCAACAAAGGAGUGGUGCGUUACGACCUCGUCAAAGGCCCAUUUACACUAGAUGACUCCUAUAUUGUCUGCCCAUAUACAACUGCCUUCGCAUUCAUCCCCGAUGUUUCAUACUCGUUUGCAUCGAAGGUGCUUGAUCGCUUGAACAAGCCCAAAUCGUCCACCAAGAGAUCUACCCUCGCCGUGGAUACAAUCUCGAGUCAGAUGUUGGGCUACGACGAGUGUGACAAUCCAAUCCCACACAGUGGAAUGCAGCUUUCCAAGCCAAAGACGCUAUUCCGUCGUGUUAUUGACGAAGCGACCCUCACCCAGGGAUAUACUACGUGCGAUGAUCUUGGUAGUGAUGGCGACGAUACUCCGCAUUCCGAGAUUCCCGAGUACGAUUUGCCAGCGUAUUUCCAAGCCACGGCCGAGUUCCCAGAAGAUGGUCAGCCUGAUACGGUGGACUUGAUUUUCUCGGACUUCCUUGGUUCCCGGAUCAUGGAUGCGUUGAAUGCUCAGGGCCCGUCUAAGAAUUAUACCCAGGAUGAUAGUCGUCUGUAUCUCCCGGAAGACUUUACUACAAACACCCUGAUUCCGGCUUAUGCCUUGACGGCUUGGCAGGAUAACAUCAAUGAUUGCCCAAUUUCUGGUUAG